GUGUUUAUCUCUCGCUCUCGUAUUUUAGACUUGUGACCUUUUUUUUCUUCUUCUUCUUGAACGAUGCUUCAAGUCUUUUCCCCUUUCUCCUUCUUCUUCUAGACUUACUUGCAAUUUACAGUUACGGUACUUACGGACGACAAUUACCGAGGGCAAUUACGACAACGAACAAGAGAAACGCUUUACAGACAAGACUGACAGAAAACAGAACGUAGACAUGCCUGGACAAUUGGCGGAACCCGUCUUGACGGUCGCCUUUAACAACAUUCAGAAACUCACUUCCAUUGACGAGUCAGACUUGCAAACAAUAUGGAAUGUCUUUACAAAGUGCAAGGACAAUUUGGAAAAUGGCCGGCGCUUGGAAAACAUUAGCUGGAGACUGUGGUAUCGCUCCUGUCAUGGCCACUCACCAAAGGAAGACGCUUCUCCCCUCCACAUUCCCAAUGUUCAACAACCCAAAUCCCAAAAAUCCCCGCACGUCUCUCCCGAAUCCUUUAACAGACUAUUGAAAAAAGCAGUCGAGGACUCGAAAAACACCACCACCGCACGCAAAGAAUCGACUGCGAAUUUGGCCCAACUAAAGGCUGAUGCCGCAGCAUCCAUCCUUCAGGAACAGCAACAGCAGCAACAACAACAACAACAACAACAACAACAACCAGAGCAACAACCAGAACAACCACAAGGAGAAUUGUGGCAGCAACCACCUUCACAACAAGACCCGCAUCUACCCGUGGCUGCCCUCGUCCUCACUCCCCCUGCUGCUCGCGUUGCACCGCCUCCACCCGCCGCUGCCAUCCAACGCUGUAAUUCUGCCGCAGCCAUCCUUAAACCUCAACCCACCCGAACCUACGCCGCACCACUUGUUCCCGCUCACCACCCACAGGCGCGCAUCUCUCCUGCCGUUCUCCCAUAUCGCGCUCUCCCACCCAGCGCACUCGGCCCACGUCCACAACCCACUGCAGUGCAUCCAAAUAAUGACCGGCCCAAAGUGAAGUUUUUCAUUUCAGAGAGUCACUCUCCGGAUACCCCUGAACGUCUUCCUCAACGCCGCCCUCUUCCUGCUCGAUCCAAUCUCUCUACAUGUACUAGUAUUACAACAAGAAAUCCCGUGACAGCAGCAGCAGCACCACAAACAACAGCGGCAACUCAAGGCUAUGAUUCUGAUGACGAUUUCAGUGACUCGGAUUUUUCAGAUUUCUCAGACUCUGAAGACUAUAGUGAUGAUGAGUCGGACGAGCCUAGCUCAACGGACGCGCCCGUCUCACUCUUUCGCAAAGUGGACAUUUACUCGCAGAGCGCUGCCGCCAGAACAGUCACACCCAAGCGAUCUCUCCUCUCUGUUGCGCUCAAAGAAGGCUCCGCUCUGAAACGUGCAAAGCCAUCACAGUUUCGCAACCUAAACGCCAUGGGACGCCCAUCAAGAGACGAGUGUGAAACUACAUCAGCAGGCACAACAUCCGAGCUGUCACAGAGUUUACGUGAGAAUUUAGAGUGCGAGCGUCGCAUGAUGCCCUACAAUAUGCGAUUUGCCCGCGGUGUGCAUGCGGGAGCUGCAUCGGCGUUUAAUGAGGAAGGCUAUUGGUGAAGAGGAAGAAUUUGGAAGACAAACAAAAGAUACUGAUAGACAAAGAAGUGUCGCUCCGUUUUUUUUUUUCUUUACGGUCGUAAUGGAAUGGAAUAGAAAAUGUUGAUGCGCAGUGUUUGUAUUGGUGUGUUUGAUAUGUCUCAUCAUUAUGAUGUGCAAAGGGAGGGUUUGCUGGUUGGGAAAAGCUAUGCGCAUGGUGUUUUGGUGAUGGGAUGGGAUGAGAGACGAGAUGCGACGAGAUGUGAUGUGGAUGAGGGACAAUUUGGGUGUUACUUUUUUGUACAUACGAGUUUUUUUUUGUGGUGUGUGUGUGUCUGCAUGUGUUGGAAGCUUUUUGUUUUUACGAAUACUGUAAUACCCAAAACAUGAAUUUGCUCGAAAAUAUCCC